CGAGGCCUGCUCGCCCCGUCCCCCUCUUUCUCUCUCCCCGCGCCGCCAAGCCCUAGCUAGGGUUUUGCCCUCAUCUCCCCGCCCCGCCCCGCCCCGCCCCGCCCCGAUGGAUCCCUACCCCAAGAAGCGCAAGCCCGACGAGAACGGCGCGGCCGUGGCCUCCCCCGCCGCGGGCGCCGGCGCGCUCGGCCUCACCCGCGACGACGUGCUCCGCCUCCUCGACCCGCUCUCCCGGGACCAGCUCGCCGACAUCGCCGCCACCGCGGCGCUCGCCUCCGGGGUGGCCCUGGACGCCGUGCGCGCCGCCGCCGACCGCGACCCGGCCCUCCGCAAGCUCUUCGUGCGGGGCCUCGGCUGGGAGACCAACUCCGACUCGCUCCGGGCGAUAUUCUCCGCCUACGGCGACCUCGAGGAGGCCGUCGUCAUCACCGACAAGUCCACCGGCCGCUCAAAGGGCUACGGGUUCGUCACGUUCCGCCACGCGGACUCCGCCGUCCUCGCCCUCAAGGAGCCGUCCAAGAAGAUCGACGGCCGCAUGACCGUCACGCAGCUCGCCGCCGCCGGAGCGGCCGGAGGGGCGUCCGGCGGGGCCGCCGGCGCCGGUGGCGCCCCCGCGGCUGAUGUAUCCCUCCGCAAGAUCUUCGUUGGGAACGUCCCUGCCGACAUGCCAUCGGAGCGCCUCCUUGCGCACUUUGCGGCCUAUGGUGAGAUUGAGGAGGGGCCGCUAGGGUUCGACAAGCAGACGGGAAAGUUCCGGGGAUUCGCCCUCUUUGUGUACAAGACACCUGAGGGCGCGCAGGCCUCGCUGGUGGACUCGGUGAAGGUGAUCGACGGGCACCAGCUUGUCUGCAAGCUAGCGAUCGAAGGGAAGAAGGGGAAGCAGUCGCAACAGCAGCAAUCUGGACCUGGAGGGGCUCAGCCGCCGCAGAUGCUCCAAGGCGGCCCGCCGGACAUGCCUGGUUCAGGGCUUGGGCUUGGACCACAAAUGGGUGCGCAGUAUGGUGGCCCUGGCAGUGGCCUGUCUUCGUUUGGCGCAUUUGGUGGUGUAGGCGGUGGGCUAGGUGGUCCAAAUCCGUAUGCGAACCUGCCAUCUUCCAUGGGCGGUGGUGGCGGAGCUGGGUUAGUUUCAUUGGGCAAUCAGAUGCCUUCUGGGAUGGGUGGUGCCGGUGCUGGUGGAUAUGGGCCUGGGGGAUUGGGUGGUGGUUCAUUUGGGGGUUCAUCCCAGUUUGGUUCUGCUGGGAUGGGGGCUUAUGGGGGUCUAGGCAUGGGUGGAGCUUCAUCAGUGUACCGCAUGCAACCGGGUUCAGGUGGGCUUCCUUCUGGCGGGUAUGGUGAGGGUAACUACCCUCUUCCAGGGCCUGGUUUCCGGGGCCAGGAGGGUGGGAUGUCACCUGGACCAGGUGGUAGGGCUAUGUACCCCAACGUUCCUCCUUAUUUUUGAGUGAUUGUGUGAAUCAGGUGUGUGACAACUCUUGGGAGCAUAUGCUUUGAAUGGUUGUGCUGAAUUCAGAAGUUGUCUGCUUACAUGGAUGUCUUGCAUAUUCUGGCUGCCUCUGAUCUGGAAAUCAGUUUUUUGCUCUCAAUUUUUCUGUUACAAGAUAAAUCAAGCUAGCUUAGUGUUUUCUGAGAUCUCUUCAUUAGACAUGUACUUUCUGAUGACUGCGGUGCAGUUUCUGUUCUCAUAAAUAUGUGAGUGUUGUUUCACAUUGUUGUGUAAUGCUCAGUGUCUUAUGAUAUCGAGUUAUUUAUGAUUAAA